GAUGGACCAGGACAAAAUGUAGCUGACUGGCUCCCAUAUUACUCAUUCAUCACUGUGUUGUAUUUGUGUGUGUGUGUGUGAGUGAGAGAGAGAGAGAGAGAGAGAGAGAGAGAGAGCGAAAGAGAGAGCAAGAGAGUUUGGGGGGCGGCGGGGUGUGUGUGUGUGUGUCAGGCGGUAUUCCUGCUCGUCUCGCUCCACCAGUUAAGUUAAAUCAGAGGCAGUCACUGGCACACAGUGGUGGUCUCUAUCUCUCUGUGUGUCCUGCUCUGAAAGUUUCAACAACCUCCUGCUUCAGCACCACAGGAGUAGCUGAGGCCCUCGCCCAAGGCCCGUAUCAGUCACCAACAGGGCCCCCUGCUUAAGAGUCCUAGGAUUUAGCACCAAAAAGGAUUUUAAAAAAAUGCAGAAUCUAACGACAGCAGCGGCAGAAGGGAUAAACCUGACAUGUGGCAUGUCUGGAAGCCACGAAAUCAUCUUCACCCUGGUGCCCAUCGUCUACGGCUGCAACUUUGUCAUCGGUAUAAUUGGAAACAGUAUGGUGGUGGCUGUCAUCUACUGUUACAUGAAGCUCAAAACGGUGGCCAACAUUUUUGUCCUCAAUCUUGCUAUCUCUGACCUCACAUUUCUCAUCACUCUACCCAUGUGGGCGACGUUCACUGCCACUGGGUAUUAUUGGCCCUUUGGUGGAUUCCUGUGCAAGACCAGUGCAGGACUGGUGAUUUUUAACCUCUACACCAGCAUCUUCUUCCUCACUGCGCUCAGUAUUGACCGUUACCUGGCCAUCGUGCACCCAGUGCGAUCACGCCGGUUCCGUACUGUGUUGUACGCUCGCAUUACCUGUGUACUGAUCUGGCUUUUUGCCUUUAUGCUCAGUGUGCCCACAGCCCUGACCAGGGACGUCCACAACAUUGAAAACUCAAAGAUAACUGUGUGUGGCAUCCUGCACCCCACCACAGAAAACGUAAAGAAGCUGAAGGACCUCCUUCUGGCCAUCAGCCUCAUGAAAAGCCUGCUAGGCUUCCUGGCGCCCUUCGUCAUCAUCAUCACUUGUUAUUGUCUCAUUGGGCGGGCACUGCUGAGGGCACAACACAUCCAGAAAAGUUCCCGUUCCAGGGAUGAUGAGGUGCUGCGCAUGCUUGCGGCAGCUGUCCUGGCCUUCUUCUUGUGCUGGGUACCCCAUCAGGUGUUCCACUUAAUGCAAGUCCUUACUCAGCUCAUACUGGUGGAGAACUGUACCAUCCUGGAAAUCAUUGACACUGCUAUGCCCUUCACCAUUUGCAUUGCCUACUUUAACAGCUGCGUCAACCCAAUCGUGUACGGCUUUGUUGGGCACAAUUUUCGUAAAAACCUUCUCAAGCUGUUGCGCUGCCAUGCAGGUGGAGCUGCAAGACCUCAUCCAAGCAUCAGCUCCAAGAUGAGCGCCCUCUCUUUUCGUGCCUCUGAAGCCCUGAGCCUUACAGUCAAAACCAGUGCUUCUUCUGAUGUUAAGUGACAAAAAAUAAGAAUGUGGAAAAA